AUGUCUAACGAAGGGGAUAGGCUGCCGCGGUUUCUGUACGACCAGAUUCCGAGCGAGAUCACAAACUCGGGCGCCCUGAACAGCAAGAUCAAGUCGUCUAAAGACUCCCCGUAUUCCAGUGCUAUACCCAGUAAGCCUCCCAAGACACAGAGUCGCACUCCCUCCUCGCUGACCCUUGAUACCUCUGUGAGCCGACUGCCCGCCGCUAAUAUUCCCGUCAAAGUGUCGAAGGACGCGCAGUCGCUCGAGGUGCCCAGAAAAGAGAGCACUUCUGGAAACUCUCCUCUGUAUGGGAAUGUCAAUGAGAAGCUGUCCUCCAUUUUAAGUGCGCCUGAGGAGCCAGAUGACAACGAGUUCUCGUUUGAGAACACCCACCCGGAGCAGUCGUCGCUACGUGUUUCGAGACGGAUUUCGCGCGGUUUCCACUCCAACACAUCCUCUGUGUCCUGGUCCGUGAACAACCCUGAGGAAUGGACUCUGGAGAACGUUGUUUUCUGGCUGGGCAGCCACGGUUUCAACGAGAGCUGGAUCUCGCUGUUCACCUCAGAAAGACUUGUGAAGCACGACUUCCUCAAGCUGCAGUCCUACAACGAGCUCAAGAAGUAUGUGCCGUUCUUGGUGGCAGACGAGAAUUCCACGCCUACUCGCUUCAUCCAGCUACUGAGAAAAACCCUGGGCAAGAACUCAGUGUCGAAAUUGGAAGUUCCCAGCCCGUCCAUCUCGCUUGUUUCCGGGUCCUCGUUCGAUUCUGCCCUGGAGGGCCCAAACCCCCCAAGCAAAGAAGAGCAGGACCACCAAACGAUAGGGGACAAACUGCAGCCCGUGGUAUCUGCUCCCACUCUGGCUGCAGACGACCUGCAAAACAGUGACAUGUUUUCAGGGGACGACGGCGAGUCUCAGAGGCCGCGGCCUGUGUCGACCAUCGAGCCGUCGACGACACAAUUUUAUCCCUCGUCGCCGUCGUUCCACUCCAAGUCUUUUUUCAAACGACACCAGAAAAGCAGCUCAUCGGAGUCGUCUUUUUUUUCAUCGGUGUUCGGCAACAAUCCGGCCGGUGUGUCUCCUGCUUCUGCUGCUCAGCAGCUAAACACUUCAGCGGUGGAGUCGUUUCAGAAGAAGCAUGAGAGAACAGGCUCCAAAGGCUCUAUUUCCGACUCAAACACGCCGAAGAAUAUUUUUAACAAGUUUUUCGGCAAGUCCAGGGCAGACUACACUUUUCCAAAGAAAGACUCUCCAGUGAGUCCUUCCUCUGCUAAUGGGACUUUCAAGAAGCCGCUAGAUCGCAAAGUCACGCACGAAAAGUCUUUCACGGUCUCGAAAAAUAAGCCGAGCGACCCAAAGUUCGAGAAACUCGGGCCUGUUGGCAAGAAACCCUCGCCAAUCGGGGUCACGAUCCCAGUGGUCACGAAGUCCACUCUGCAUUCAAAGGAAUCGUUUUCGUCCUCGACGUCGACUCUGGCUCCGCCUACAAAAACCGCGUUUGUUCUGGAUCAAAAGUUCAGACCUGUACCGCGCAACAACCGCGACGUGUUUGUGCUGGCGUCCCGUGACAACGUCAACUUCACCAGGGUCGACUUGAUGAACUGCUCGCACGUUGACGAGUUCAAGCGCAAGAUUGCCGACGCACUGAAUAUCAAGUUUCUGUUCAAAGCAGAGUUUGCACUCACAGGUUUCAACAGCGACCCGGGACAGCCGCUGGAUGACGAGACUAUGGACGAGCUUAUGAAACGCAAGUUCUUUGGCGAGACCAUGAAAAUCCUGGUCACCCAGAAGGGUCUCGAACGGUACGCAACCACGCUCUCUGCAUACUCAUCGCACUCGUUGACGAGCGAAAACUCGCUAGACCGGAUCAACGAAACUCCGCAGUACCUGCUGGAGGCAACCAAGAACGGUGGUGUCGACUAUGUGAACUUCAAGGAGUAUAUGCACCAAGAAAACAACAGAAUGGCAUUCCCGGAGCCUAAACGGUCGACAAGCUCGUCUCUCACAAGAGCUCGUUCCAUCACGACUACAUCGAACCCAGACUCGGCCACUUUUAGGGUGAUUCGUCCUGAAAAGCGCGAGAUCGACUUUGACAAGAAGCGCGAGUCGCCGUUUGUUCGGCGCGACAGUCUCGUGGCUCGCCGCACUGCUCCUGCUCCGCCUGUCCAGGAGUCGUCUCCAAGCUCCGUCACGUCACCAGCCAGCUCAAAAUACAGAAAGCCACCGCCUCCGCUGCCAGAAACACGGGGCGAGAAAAACAGUAUUUCCAGAGCAAAGACUAUAAAACGCAGCGGUACGCAAAAGACUCUUUUUGAUCCGUUCAAAGAGAAUACUGUCAGCUUCGAAAAUGCUCCUGAACUCGAAGAGAGCGACGAAACUUCGUCGCUGGACUCAGACGACGGACUCUUCGCAAAGGCUCCUUCUAAGAACUCAAAUCAGGGCGCCGUAGUGCCGACCAACAUCAGCUCUUCGUCCACCGAUUCUCUGCUGGAAAUCCGUCCGCCUCCUGAGGUGUUGUACGACAAUCUGGAAAUCUACUUCCCGAACACUGAUCUUGACAAGCUGAUUAUUGACGAAGUGGUGUCGCCGCCAAUCUCACCGGUCGCAGAGGAAAAGGUGUCUGUGAAACAAGACUACGGUGGCCAUCUCAAGCCACCUGAGCCGUCUGGAAAAAUUCACCGUAUGAAGAGCAUCCGUAUUGUCGCCCAGGAGGCAAAGAAAGAGGCCCAGAAAAAGCUGGGAAACAACCGUUCCACCGGCAGCCUGCUCAGACGUACAAGCACAAAGAUGUGGGGGCAGAAGGUGGUCGAGGUUACGCCUGGGAACCGUGCCAGCUACGUGAACAAGCUGAAGAACCACAAGGGUCAGUACAAGGAGUUUGCAUGGGUCAAGGGUGAGCUGAUUGGAGUCGGCACGUUUGGAAAAGUGUAUCUUGCACUGAACGUCACGACCGGAGAGAUGAUAGCGGUCAAACAGACAGUCAUUUCCAGCAAGUUCAGGUCUCAUCGAGAAACCAAGGAGAUUAUGGACACGUUCCGCGCAGAAGUGGACUCUCUCAAGGACCUGGACCACGUCAACAUCGUGCAGUAUCUGGGUUUCGAAAAGAAAAACAACGUCUACAGCUUGUUCCUAGAAUAUGUUUCUGGAGGCUCCGUUGGACAUUUAAUCAGACGCUAUGGUCGGUUUUCGGAAGACCUGAUCAAGUUCUUGACCGAGCAGGUGUUACAGGGUUUGCAAUAUAUCCAUUCCAAGGGCAUCUUGCAUCGUGAUCUAAAGGCAGAUAAUUUGUUACUGGAAAUGGACGGUAUCUGCAAAAUCAGCGAUUUUGGUAUCAGCAAAAAGGCCAAGGACAUUUACACCAACGAGUCGGCAAUGUCUUUCCAAGGAACCAUUUUUUGGAUGGCUCCAGAGAUCAUAGACAACACACAGCAUAAGGGCUACAGUGCCAAGGUGGAUAUCUGGUCUCUGGGAUGUGUUGUGCUGGAAAUGUAUGCGGGACAACGGCCGUGGUCCGAUUUCGCUAUCGCAGGUGCAAUCUUCAAGCUCGGAAACAAGAGCGCUCCUCCGAUCCCUGAAGAAACACGCAAGAUGAUGAGCGAUACAGGCUCGGCUUUCCUGGACCGGUGUUUCGAGACAGACCCUGAACAACGCCCUACAGCCACUGAACUUCUCAAACAUGAGUUCUGUCAGAAAGACGAGACAUUCAACUUUGCAGAGACCGAGCUGGCGCGCAAAAUGAAGCACGAGGAUACCCAGGAAGAGAAGAAAGCUGAUAUGAUGAUGCAGAGCAAGGCGGUGUAA